CUACCCAGCACGAAAGAAAUUUCGCAAGGAAAGCUGGAUCAUCUGGAACUCUGGCGAGAAAUAUUGGCACGUAAGGCAAGCCUCUGUCGCCUUCUAAGCGACGGCUGCCGGUUGAGGGACUGGAUCCACUGCGAACUGGAGGGUGAUGACGAAAUGGCGAAGGCAGCACUUUCAAGUCUGGAGCGGCUUAUUUUGAAUUCUGCAAAAUCCCUUGAAGUGGAUCCCAAUUUCCCCAUUUCGUUGACUCCACCAGAAUUUGUCAAGUGCCUUCAAAACCCCAAUCCUCUUACUUUGCGAAAAGCCGCAGUGGAGUGCCUCUUUCAAGGAUCUGAUUCUGCCGCGAAUGCUAUAGAGUGCGAGAUGUCCUUACUGGCAGCGGAAUUCUUUCUCAUCAAAUAGUGCGAGAUGUCCUUACUGGCAGCGGAAUUCUUUCUCAUUAAAUGUUUUUGGAAGCAACGCAUGGAAGAACUCACCUCGCUCAUCAAACGUGCUGAAGUUUUGCGACAAAUACACAGUCUGGAAGUUUGGAUGACUGACAUGGAACAGGUUCUCCAAACAAAUAAUCUGGGCAGUGAUUUGUAUGAAACGCUAAAUUUAUUCAAUGAACACCAAAAGUUUUGUGGUGCCGUCUUCUUUCAAGAGGAGAGAAUUCGACGCCUGGCUCAGAUGGACAUCACAGAUAACGACAACAAGGAAUGGCUGGCGGGCGCGCACGAAGAAUUUGCGGAACUCCUCCAGCAGUAUGGUUUGUGGCAGCGACCUCUAUCCCCAGUGGAGGUGGUCGAAGACAACCACCAACACGAUCUUCAGCCCAGUGAGGAUAAACAAAUCCUCUUCGGUACGAUUCCCUGGGCUUUACUUUACAAUUCAUAUAAUUGA